AUGAAGUUGAUUGUGUGUUUGUUUGGAAUUUUCUGUUAUGGAGAAUGUGCCAAAAUUCUAGGAGCAUUUAUAUAUCCCUCAGUCUCUCAUCAGUCAACUUUCCAACCAAUAUGGAAGGAGUUGUCUCUAAGAGGACAUCAAGUAACUGUGAUCACACCAAAUCCUUUAAACGAUCCUACUCUAACAAAUCUAACUGAAAUCGAUGUGUCCUUUGUGUACAAAAACCCGAAACUGAGGCACAUUAUAAACAAUAUUAAGAAGGAUGACCACCCGCUAAAAGCUCACAAAAUAAUAUUCGAAUUGUUUCGAUUUAUUUUCGAAGAGGAAAUGCAAUACGAACCAAUAAAGCGAUUAAUUGAGAACCAAGACAAACACGCGUACGAUUUAUUGCUUAUACAGUAUUCGUAUUUUACGGAUCCAUUAUUGGCGUUUUUGAACAAAUUUAACGCUCCUCUUGUUGGAGUGUCAUCAUUAGGACUGCUUCUACAUGGUCAUGAUGCCAUGGGUAAUCCCACUCAUCCGGUGGUUUCCCCCGAUUUUAUGCUCGGUCUGCCCAAAAGGCUGAAUAUAAUUCAAAAAGUUGAAAGUUUGUUUCACAAUUUUGCUUAUCGAUUGUUCUACCAUUGGUACAUCCUUCCGAAACUAGACGAGAGCGCCAGGAAAUAUUUCGGAGACGAUAUGGUACCAUUGAGAGAGUUACAUAAAAAUGUAAGCCUCGUACUGUAUAAUAACAAUCGACUUAUUCAUGAAGUAAGGCCGAAUGUACCGAACGUUAUAGAAAUCAACCAAUUGCACAUCAAAAAACCUAAACCACUGCCAGAGGAUAUUCAAAAGUAUUUGGAUUCCUCUCCUCAAGGUGUGGUAUAUUUCAGUUUUGGUACUAACGUUAAAAGCUCGAACUUGUCGUAUACUUUAAGAAAAGAAAUUAUCGGCGCUUUAGCUGAAUUACCUUACAAAGUAAUAUGGAAGUGGGAAGAUGACUACUUACCCGAUCAGCCGAUAAAUGUGCUAGUAAGGAAAUGGUUACCUCAACAAGACAUAUUAAAUCAUCCGAACGUGAAGGUUUUUCUAACUCAAGGAGGAUUACAAUCUAUUGAAGAGACCAUUAACUGCGAAGUGCCUAUAGUCGGUAUGCCGUUUUUCACAGAUCAACCCACGAAUAUACAAAAAAUUGCAGAACUUGGAAUGGGCCUGUACAUUGAACAUACAACGGUCACCAAGGAUAUAUUAAAAAAUGCAUUAUUGGAAGUAGCUCAAAACAAAAAAUACAAAGAAAACGUGGUAAAAUAUAAACAAAUUUUGGUAGAUGAACCCAUGAGAGGAGUAGAAAAAGCCAUAUGGUGGAUAGAAUAUGUUAUGAGACAUAAUGGAGCAGCUCAUUUACGCAGCAUGGCAGCAGAUAUGACAUUUUUCGAAUAUUUCAUGAUAGACGUAGUAGUAUUUUCUUUAAUAGUAAUUUCCCUAAUGAUAUACAUUUCCCUUAAAUUGUUCUCAUACGCUAAAAUGUUACUAAUUACUCUAAGUAGGAAACUGAAACCAGCCAGAAAUAUAGUACUCAAGAUAGAAAUUAAUAAAGUUAAGAAAAAUUAAAGUUAUAAGAUAAAUUAAAGAGUUUUUUUAGUCACUAUACAACCUUUAUGAACUCUGUGGUAUACAUGGGACGAAAAUAAUCGUCCAUAUUUAUAAAAAUGAAGCAUUUACUUUGAAAUAAAAGGUAUAUAGAAGCAAAAGGUAGGAGGAAGGUUUUGC